AUGGAGGGCCCCAUCGAUCCAGAGACCAUCUACACCAAACAAGCGUGCAUUGGUGAGUUUAAGACCAUUGGAAUUACAGAGAAAAGAGAGAGCAGAGCAGUUACUGAUAUGGUUCUACUCUCAGGUGGUGGGAGUUUCGGUCAGGUCUUCAAAGGUGUCGACAAACGGACUGGUGAGUCCGUUGCCAUCAAGAUCAUCGACGUCGAGAACGCCGAAGACGAGGUGGACGAUAUCAUCCAGGAGAUCGCGAUUCUUUCGGAACUCAAGUCACCAUACGUGACUAAGUACCAUGGAUCGUACUUGAAGGGCUCCCAUCUAUGGAUUGUCAUGGAGUACUGCUCCGGUGGCAGUUGCCAAGGCCUGUUGCAGCCCGGGCCAAUUCAUGAGGAGUACAUUGCGAUCAUCCUGCGGGAGCUUCUGAAAGGGCUGGAAUACCUUCACAGUGAUAAGAAGCUUCACCGAGACAUCAAAGCUGCAAAUGUCCUUCUCAGUGCGAACGGCCAGGUCAAGCUGGCCGACUUUGGUGUGUCAGGGCAACUCUCGGCCACAAUGACCAAGAAGAACACCUUCGUCGGAACGCCUUUCUGGAUGGCUCCAGAAGUCAUCAAGCAAUCAGGCUAUGACUACAAGGCCGACAUAUGGUCUCUGGGUAUCACAGCCAUCGAAUUGGCCUGUGGAGACCCUCCGUACUCUGAGAUCCACCCGAUGAAGGUGCUAUUCUUGAUCCCGAAGAAUCCCCCUCCCACUCUCGAAGGCAAAUUCAGCAAGCCGUUCAAGCAGUUUGUGGAGCUCUGCUUGCGCCGGGACCCUAAGGAACGUCCCUCCGCAAAGGAGUUGCUGGAACAUCCAUUCGUCAAGCGUGCUAAGAGAACCACAUACUUGACAGAGCUUAUUGAACGUGCAGAACGCUGGCAGGCCACCCGUCGCGACCAGGAAGAUGACCAAGACACGUAUGGGGGAUUUGAGGAUCCAGUGCACGAGAAGCCCGAAGAAAAUGAAGAUCUGUGGGACUUUGGCACUGUACGCCCUGCUGGAAGAGCCGCUGCCCCGCCUCUACAACCACUGAAUGAUUCGGGGGCCAACUCGCGCAUCCCGGAAGUAAAUGAGUGGGAUUUGGGUGACGAUUCUAGCAAGCAAACUCGCGCACCUCACUCUGUACUGCAGCCGGCCAAAUCCACCAACCCUGCGGUUGAACUCUCUCCUUCUAAAACCCCCCUUCCUCCGUCCGCACCCUCCUCUCCUUUGAAGCCCGCUUCCUCUUUCCAGCCUGAGCUACCAGCCUCACCUUCACGCAAACCUCGCCCUCUCCCAAAGCUCAACUUAGCUGAGGAGAACUCCCCCGCCAGAGGCUACAAUCAGCGACAGACACAGUCUAUCAUGGACCACGCAACUGAUCCAACGCGACACAAGCCAUCCCCCUUGGUCGCCGGAUCACGAUCCCCGCGGCCCCUAAAUCCCUCCAACAAUCCGCUCUCAGAGCCACCUCGCUCCCCCACUAGUCAAGUUGCUAGAAAACCUGCACCCCUCCAGCGACCGCUUCCGGAUGCUCCUCUGAGCCCGGGACUUCACCGGCCAUCGUCCCAUGCGAGCCUGCAGCAGCAGCAGCAGCAGCAGCCCGAGGUGCCGGCAUCCCAGAAACCCAUGUCUGGGCUCAAGUCCAAGCUCGCACCAGCCAGACAUGACGAACGACACGUGAGGAAGCAAACCCCGACCCAAAGCCCUCACCUGAGCGACCGGGCAAAGCAGCCGCCAAACGCCCCAGAGGCAGUUGCCGAGAACGAGCGCCCAACUGCCUAUGGGUCUGUGAUCGUUCCCGCUCUCCGCGCCGCGAUGAAUCGACGCGGCCGCCAGCUAGCCCGCAACAACCCCGGGCGAAACCAGAGUGAUUGGGAACCGACCCCAGAGGAGGAGAGCGACUGGGAGCGCAGUGUCCAUAUCCAUCGGGGUAUGGAGCAGAUGGCGGAUGAUAUCGCCCAGUCAUUCGCCUCCCUUCACCUCUGGGAUGCGGAGGCCCCAGUUGAGAUGGGUGGCGGCGUCGAUGCGGUGCUGGAUGCCUUCCUCGAGGAAAUCCUGGUGCGACUCCAGCCUAACCCUCUUUGA